ACUUUAUUGUUGUUUUAUGGUGCUAAAAGAUGUAAUGUCUGUGACUAAUGGCGCCACCUGCUGUCGAUGUAGAGAAAUGCGCGUUUUAAGACAAUUUCAUACAGUAACCGAAGAGCUUUGAGAAGAACGGAAAGCGAAACUUGACGACAUGUGCUUCGUUUGCUUCUGAAUAGCAAUAUCGCUUACGUUUUUGUUUGUCCAAUUGUCCUUUAAUUGAUAAUGAAGAUUUAGUCUUGCAAAAUUACUAACGAGAAAAAGACAAGUUUCAGGAUCUACAUGACAUUUCGUGGAGUUUGCCGGCCUAAACGGUUUAUAAAAGCAGACGGCGAAUACAUGUCGAUAGAGCUUUGACAAACUGAUGUAUUUCUAGUCAUUUUCAGGUUUAAAUCCAAAGAGGUUUUAAUUCAUAAGCCAGAACGUUCCUACCUGCUAGAGACAGACAGGCGUGACGCCGAUUCCGGUUCAUCUGUUUUGGCGAAGCAGUGCACAGACUAAGCUCUCUAGUGACAUCAUAUUUAGCAGACGCUUGAGGAUCAUUUAAACGUGUGCACACAUCUACCAGGCACUUUGUCCGUGCCCAACGCUACACCCCCACCCCUGCGCUAUGAGCAGAGGUAGAGGGUUUCACAACGAUUAUCAGCGAUACUCCUUUCCAGCCCACCAAGGAAGACCUUGUUUUCAUUCCCCGUCUCAUCUUUCCACCGGUCACCCACGGGGCCCUCGUGUCCCAAGCCCCGGCUCUGCAUCUGGCAGGUACACAAACCCUUCAUAUCAAACCUCCCGUCCUGCCACUCCUGGUGUGCAUCCUCGCGGUCCUUUUUUCCCCUCUUCUCCCUAUGAUGCGCCCCACUGGACAUCACCUCAGCACAGCAGUGAUCAUUUCUCUGAUUCUAAUGUUGUGAGCUUCCAACAACAGCAGGUGGAUUUUCUGAGGGGGGAGAGUGCACAGGCCCCGCAGUUCAAAGCGUCCCAUCAACGGCAGCUGCAGGCUUGCACUGGAGGCGAAGAGGACACAAAUAGACCUCACCAGUACCAAACAGGUUAUCGCAACUUUAAAACAAGCAGUGGUGGUUUUGGAAGAAGAGAAGACUACAACAGGGCAAAUUGGCAAAGAGAACAGAAUUUUGGACAUACACCUGGACCUCAGAAAAAGUGGAGUCACCCUCACCAGAAGGGGCAGAAUUAUCAGAAUCUAAAUCAAUACAGUAAGCACUCCUGGAAAGCACAGGUAGAUAAUGUGUCCAGUCUGUCGUCGGGUCUUCAUAGUCUGUGUUUAGACGACCGAGUGAAAAGGGUAGAGUACUCCGACCCCUUCUUGUCCAACCAUAGCCGUGCCAGCAAAGUGUCCAGUUUGUAUGGCACCGCCAGAGAGUUUCUCUGUUUGACCCCUGAGAUCAAGAAACAGGUUCUGUCUUUUUUGACGUCACUCGGGCCAGACGAGACCAUUCAGGCCAAGGUCCUGGCCAAAAAGCUCCAUCUGCCCAAGAAGAUCAUUAAUGCGGCCUUGUAUGACCUCUUAAAUUCACAGCAAACAGUGAAACAAAGUGACACUCCUCCCAUUUGGAGGCUCCGCAGGGAAGACGACCGUGAGCCCGUCAACAAGAGAGACAGAGCACAGUCUUCAAAGGAUACCGUGAAAGAACACCGUGAAAGUUCAUCCAUAAAUCAAGACUCUAAAGCAAAACUCACCAGCGCUAAGCCCGAAGCACAGACCCUUGAGGACAACUGUGAUAGUAGCGACGAAACCGAGGUCUCUGAAUCUGAGGACUGCGAAGACGACCAUACUUUGAAAACAAAUUUUUCUGACAAGCCUCAGCCAACACUUUUACCUACAACACAGUCUGUAAGCGUAUCAACAAUGGCGGACUCUAAAGACAUCAAAGAGCAGAUCUUGCAGUACCUCUAUGAAGCGGGCAAGUCUAGCUCCCUUGUGAUCGCCAAAAACCUCAGCCUGCGAAGUGCCAAGCAGGUUAACCCAACACUCUACUCCAUGGAGAAACAGGGUGAUGUGAGAUGUAACGCAGACGUUACUCCGCAGAUCUGGGAGCUUAGUGCACACCGUCAGGGAAAGAUGGACCGGCAAAGGAAAGCCGCCGCACCCAUAAAACAGGAAAUGAACAUCGAUGAGAUGUUAACCUUGCCGAUUGAAGGGAUUGCAGACGUGACUGCUGUGAAGUUGGAGGGGACAAGUGGAAAUGAGACCAGUGAGUUUACAACAGCAGAACUGAUGGACAGGAGUGCAAAUCCAGUGAGCAUGUUGGUAGUAGACAAGGAAAGUGAUUUUGGUAACAUGCUGCGUGACAUGCCUGAUCUUGAGGCUAUUCCCCUAAACCCCAAUGACCUUUCUACUUGCACCACCUACCCACCUUGUCCUCCCCGUCAGUUUUCCUACUAUCAGGAAAUGCCCAGUAAUGGAGGAGAACGCUCGCAGUGGGUGUCCGACGAUAUCCCAGAGUACCUGAACUUUAUCAGAUCGGAGGUUGCUGUAUCGGUGGCUGCUCCCCCUCCCCCAGCACAGAGUUCGGAGUCGAGCAGAUUGCAGAAACUAAGAGAGGCCCAGAGUAAGAACCCAGUCAGUGGACUGAUGGAGUUUGCGCAGCACCUUGGAUACAAUUGUGAAUUUCUACUCCUGGACCAAUCUGGACCCUCGCAUGAUCCAAGGUUUCGGAUGCAGGUUAUGUUAGAUGGUCGAAGGUUUCCACCGGCCGAGGCUUCCAGCAAAAAAACGGCCAAAAAAGAUGCUGCAGCCAUAACCCUGAAGAUUCUUUCUAGAGAGAUGGAGGGAGGAUUAGGAGAUACAGAUGACAAACCGGGCAUUGAGAGUGCUGAAUCAAUCACAGAUCUUGCAGAUGAUUUGCUGGGUGGGGAAGAUACUCCCCCUCAGGCUCUGUCCAGGUCCCUUCCUGGAGGAAAGAACCCUGUGUCAGUCCUGAUGGAGCACAGCCAGCGCAGUGGGAACGCCAUCCAGUUUAUCAACACAGGAAAAGAAGGGCCUCCCCAUGAUCCGAAGUUUAUGUUUAGGGUCAUGGUUGGUGAGCGACUCUUCCCAGUAGCCGCAGCACCGAGUAAGAAAGCAGCGAGGCAGCUGGCGGCAGAGGAGGCUGUGAAAUCACUAAUGGGAGAUGGACUACUGCAUCUUAACAAGCCUUCAGGUAAUUUCUGUCCGCUGAGUGAAAACGAAUCGCAGCCGGCGAUGCCUGCAUGCCCCUCGCUCCCCCCACUGACAGCAGCGGAGCUUCAGGCGGCCCAUGAGGCUGGAGUAGGUGACCUCAUCAACCACCUGAACAACAACGCCGUGUCCGGCCUGCUGGAGUACGCCCGUGCUCACGGCUUCGCUGCGGAGAUCCGCAUGGUGGGCCAGUCGGGACAGCCACACGAGCCCAAGUUUACAUACCAGGCUAAAUUGGGAGGGCGAUGGUUUCCUGCUGUGUGUGCUAGUAAUAAGAAGCAGGGGAAGCAGGAGGCAGCAGACGCUGCACUCCGGGUGCUUAUAGGAGAGGCAGAAAAAGCAGCACGUACCGGAGAGCUCACACCAGAGCUGCCAGUAUCGGGCAGUACGAUGCACGAUCAGAUCGCCAUGCUGAGCCAUCAGCGCUUUAAUGCCCUCACAACACGCAUCCAGCACAGCCUUCUGGGUAGAAAGAUUCUCGCCACCAUCGUGAUGAGGAAAGGAACGGACAGUCUCGGCACAGUUGUCAGCUUGGGGACGGGAAAUCGCUGUGUUAAAGGAGAGGAGCUCAGUCUUCGAGGGGACACGGUUAAUGACUGCCACGCUGAAAUCAUCUCCAGGAGAGGCUUCAUCCGGUUUUUGUACAGUGAGCUGAUGAAGCAUUGGGAAAGUCCCAGUGAAGAGACUAUUUUUGAGUUGGCAGAGGAUGGCAAGCUCAAGAUCAAAUCUGACAUCACCUUUCAUCUAUACAUUAGCACUGCUCCUUGUGGUGACGGAGCUCUCUUCGAUAAGUCCUGCAGCGAGAGAGCUGAGAUAAACGGUUCUGGACACAUGCCUCUCUUUGAGAACGUCAAACAGGGCAAGCUUAGAACCAAAGUGGAAAAUGGUGAGGGCACAAUCCCUGUUGAGUCCAGUGAGAUCGUACCCACCUGGGAUGGCAUUCAGCAUGGUGAGCGUCUGAGAACCAUGAGCUGCAGUGACAAGAUCCUGCGAUGGAACGUGCUCGGCCUACAGGGGGCGCUGCUUAGCCACUUUAUCCACCCUGUUUACCUGCGCUCCAUCACACUUGGAUACCUCUACAGCCACGGUCACCUGACUCGAGCGGUGUGCUGCCGAUUGGCCAGAGACGGGGAUGAGUUCAGAAACAGUCUACCGCCAAACUUUGCUCUCAACCACCCUGAGGUGGGCAGGGUAAGUGUGUAUGACUCAACACGUCACACAGGUAAGACCAAAGAAUCGAGUGUUAACUGGAGUCAGCCGGACCAGUUUACAGUGGAGGUCCUGGAUGGAACCAAAGGGAAAUUUGACAGUCCCAAGAUGGAGGUAUCGAGGGUCUCCAAGUCAAAUCUGUUCCGUCUUUUCCAUCGCUUGUGCCAGAGCGCGGGGCGGAUAGAUCUGCUGGCUUUGCCUUCUUACGCCCACGCUAAGAUGGCCGCCGCUUCAUUCCAGGAUGCCAAGAGGCUGUUCUUCCUGACGCUAACACAGCAUGGAUAUGGCACCUGGAUUGGGAAGCCCUUGGAAGAAAAAAGCUUUGAGGGCGAUUCCAGAAGCAUGGACAGUGGGUGUGCAGGUGCCAGUCAGGGCUGUGCUGUUGGUCCUAAUAGAUGCUCCAGCACAAACAACAACUUGCAUUUAACUUCUCAAGGCUUACAGGGGUAGCGAGAGAACAAAGAGAGGGAUGGGGGGUUUCUUGUGUGGCUGUCGGCGAGAGAGAAUAAUAGAUACUGUGUGAUGUGCGAGGACAGGAUUGUGGGUAUGGUUACUCUAGGGAAGGUUUAUUCCUUAGAUGGGGGAAAGCAGGGUGAGCCUGUGGGUUUUGAAAAUUGUACUUCAUUUGUCAUGACCAAGCAGAAAAGGGUGCUGCUAUGGCAACAGUUAUAAACCUAAGCCAAAAUAGACAUGAUACUCGAUUACAUUUUAGUGGGUUUCCCUCACUCUGCGGAAUUGUGUUUGCAACCAAUUAUUGCUACCAGCAGAAUGCUAUAUUACGUGACUGUAGUGGUGACAUUUUUCUUAGUUAGCAUUAUAGAUUUUAUGUAGAACAUAAUUGAAUUUUCCUGUCAAUAAAAGACAGCUUUAAUCAGGUAAUGUCACAUAUUUACUGAGGUUUAUGGAAUCCCAAUUAGAUUUCAAUUUUAUUGGAUUCAGCAAAUGCAGGUUGCAGAAAAUCUGCUUUGACAUGGUCAUGGCGUAUCAAUUCCUGACUUAACUGCAACUGUAUCUGUUUAGAGUCAAAUUAUUUUUAUUUUUUGUAGGAUGUAAAGGUCUGCAUACCAAAAUCUGAUUGGGUAAAAUGUAUACAUAAUGUACAUACAGAUACAUAUGCACACAGAUGUAUAUAUAAAGUCUACUGUGAGUUUAUAUAUAUGUGUGUGUGUUUAUGUAUGUGUAUAUAUUGUAUGUAUAUAUUUUGUAAGGAUGAAUAACUUCGUUUUCUAUCUUUAAUUUUUAGAGUGUCUUUUUAUACAAUGUGUGUUGUUUUAACAAUUGUUUAUGUGCGUGGUAAAAAAUCAGCAGCUCCUGGUAAAUACUGCAUGCAGCCAAACGCUUUCCGAUUUGCAUCUGCUGUAGCUGGUGGGUGGCACAAACCAAUCAUUUGCACCUUUGUGGACCUGAGCUGUUUCAUUUCCCUGUAUUUUGUUCCUCCAUAUCUUGAACUAGAACGAUCUGCUGUGUUUGUGUUGUAUAUGUACAGGCACACCGUUAAUUGAUUCACCGCUGUAAGACUAAAGCAAUAACAUGUUAUUUCCUUCUACCAGCAUGUGAAUCCGUAUUCUUCACAUCUUUCUCUUUAACCCAUUGAGGUUUGUUUCUAUACACGCAUUUAACAUUUUUGCAGAUAAGUUUUUGUUUAAUUAAAAACUAAAUCAAAGGAGUUAUUUGUAGUGGCCCUU